UGUAGUUUCUAAUAUUUAUUGUAUCUGACGCUAUUUAUUUGACGUCUGUUUGGCGUCUUCAGCCACGUGAUAAUUUGCGGCGUUCAUUGACGUCAACGUCAUACUUGUUUAUACUUCCGCCCAGACUUUGAAACGUUAACUGAACUGAACGUUAACUGUGGACAUUAAUUAUUCUGAUGAGACUUGAUGAGUAAGAGACCAAAUUCGAGAAUCGCUAUAUCUAGAGAAAUAAAAGAGUAAAGGCGCAUCUCUCGUUUAGUCACUGAGUUGAUCCAAGUCCCAGAACAAUUCUCGAAUCGUCGAAUAAUCGAAUGCUCGAAUCCAGCGGUUGAUGUAGAUCCACUGAAGAAACAGUGACGAUACCAUUGGAUACAAGAUGACAGACUCUGAAAACAAAACCUUUCAAGGACUUAAGCGGUCAAGGUCAGCACAAUGUGCACAACUGACGAAACUGUAUAAGGAGUUGGAGCAAUACAUGAUUUCUCAUGAUAAUGAUGAUCUUGUUGAAAACUUGUAUGUGAAACUGUGCGAUAAAUUCAACGCUUUCAAGAACAUACAUUUAGAGUGCCUAGACUUAUGUGACGAACCCGCCGAUUGUGAAAAUCUAGAACAAUCCUAUGAGUGUUAUCAUAAUAAUUUCACAGAGUUUCAGGAGAGAUAUGAACAAUGGAAGUCAUCGAACCAGUAUAAUGAAAAUGACGAAAUUUGUAGCAAUGCGUCAUCAACGUGUAAAACGAAACUUGCGAGUUCCAAAGCUAAACGUUUGAUUGCUGAGCAAAAGUUAAAUUCUCUUAGAAAAAAAACACGAGCUUGAACUGGCGCGCAAAGAAAUAGAAAUUAAACAGCAAGAACUUGAAUAUCAGUGUGAAUUAGAGCAAGCGCGUAUUGAAGAAUCGGUCUGGCACGAGGCAUUGGAGGAAGAAACUGGUGAGCACGUGCAAGAUUCGUCAUAUGUGAAGCAGACGACAGUAAAUGAUUUCACUUCCGGUCAUGAACAGUCUGAUAAGAACAUAAGAAGUGCACACGACGACUGUGUAAUUAUAAAUACACCUAACAACACUCAUUUGGUAACGGAGCAACGUAAGAAUGGAUCAAUGAAUCAGAAUGCACAUCCAUCUGAGAAUGUAGUCACGAGCGUUUUGAGAAAUACAGACACUAAUGUUUUGAGAAAUACAGACACUAGCAUAGAAUCAGCUUUUCAGUUGCUGGCAAAUACGUUACAAGAAGGAUUCAACUUACCAAAGCCGGAGCUCCUGAGAUUCAGCGGUUCAACAUUGGAAUACUGCAAAUUUGUGAAUAACUUUGAAACAAACAUUGACUGUAAAGUUCGUGACGACAGGUUACGACUUAGUUACUUGAUACAAUACUGUGACGGAGAGGCAAAGAGUGCAAUAGAAGACUGUGUACUACUGAGUCCAAGUGAAGGUUAUAAACGAGCAAGAGACAUUUUGUACUCACGGUACGGUAGGCCACAUAACAUUGCUAGAACUUAUGUAGAUAAAAUUGUUAAUGGUCAUUCCUUAAAGGCGUCUGACACUAAUGGUCUUUCAGAUUUAGCACUUGAGAUGAGAAAAUGUGAAAUUACUUUGUCUCAGUUAGGAUUUAAGUCAGAUAUAGAUAACACAGACAACUUACGUCGCAUUGUUAGACGUUUGCCUAUGCACGUCCGCGGUAAAUGGGUAGAUAUUGCACACUCAAUUACUGAGUCUGGUAGGGAACCGGGCUUUUCAGAUCUAGUGAAAUUUGUAGAAGAAAAGGCUCGAAUCGCCACUUCCCUAUAUGGCCUUGACCUUGCAAAUGAGAAGAGUCAUGGUAAGAUUGUUGAAGAUCGAACCUUUAAGUCAAAGCCAAGUCCUGCACCUCGUAGAAAUAAUGCUGUCAGUUUUGCUACGAAUAGUGCAGUAAACAAUUCUAUGUAUAAGCCGUCACGUAAGUGCUAUUGUUGUUCAGGUAGUUGUAAAGAUUUAGCUUCAUGUACGAAAUUUACAGCCAUGAAUUUAAAUGACAGGGAACAGUUUGUAAAAAAAACAGACUUUGUUUCAAUUGUUUAAAGGGCAAACAUUUUUCUAACGUUUGUAGAAAACCUACUGGGUGCAAUGUAACAGAAUGUAAAUCUAGACACCACUUUCUUUUACAUAGUUGGGUAGAUAGUAAAUCUGAUCACACAAAUCAACAAUCCGUCGUAAAUUGCGCAACUAAAAGCGGAUCUUGUGUGAAGAACUGUUUAGGUAUAAUACCUGUACUUGUUAGAGGUAAAAGUGGGACAUACUGCAAGACUUAUGCUUUGCUUGACGAGGGAGCUGACCAGACAUUAUGUGAUGAACGCUUGUUGAAAAUGCUGAACCUAACCUCUAAACCUGUGACGUUCAAGAUGUCUACAGCAAGCUCUUCCGGUAUUAUCGUCGAAGGACAGGAAGUUGAGCUGCACGUGCAACCGGCGUCAGG